AUGCGAGUCUUUCGACGCCGUAAGAAGUUUGGAAAUUUCGGAGGUUCUGUAAGAGAUGCUGAACCAUUACCCGAUAUUGUUUACCAAAUGGGUGCUGAGCAAGCAGUACGAUUAGUAGCAUUGCAAGCACGAGGACAAAGUCCCGACUUGUCGAGACAUGGUCGUUAUGCACCAUACAUAGUUGACGACGAUCCUUAUGGUGGUGGCGAAGAUGCGGGCGAACAGCGUUCCUCAUCUCCACUUAAUUUUAUUGCUAAUGCAUUAGGCAUCAAUCGAUCGAGAUCUCGCCGAAGAGUUCCUGAUGGACAGGGAGAAAAUUUCGCUCGGCCUGGUUCACCCGCACAUUUUGCUCAUUCGCUGCCUGGCACUCCCGUACAAUAUCGUCGUCGAGCCAUGUCCCCCGAACUGGUUAGAUCUCGUCCUUCAUCUCCAUUCCAAUUUGCACAGCCGGAACGUGUUUCUUCACCUCUGCAUUUCGCCCACCAUUCACGCCCAGCUUCACCCGUUAUUACUCGUCGACUUCAACGUGCACAGUUAUCUCAACAACUUCAACAAGCUGAACGUGAACAACGAGAACAAGAAGAAAUGAUGAUGAUGAUGAACAACAACUAUUCCGGUCAAUUUAUGGCUCAGUAUCCUCAAAUGCAGCAGCCAUACUAUCCGCUAAUAAAUUCCAUGGCGCAUCAACCUCAAAUGUACACAUUUUAUUGA